UUAUCAUGAUAGAGUCUGCAGAUGCAGAGACUGCAGGUCCUGGGGUCAAGAUGGAGAGGUCUGAAGGAGAGGAAGACCCACGGCACAGCACAGACAUCCAGACUGGAAUGCCCUCUGUAGCCAUGGAGGACCUCACCACCGCCCCAGCACAGCCCAGGACCCGUAGCAGCAUCACUGAGUCAGUAGACAUGGAGGAUGGGAAGCCUGAUCUGCUGAUAGUCAAAGAGGAGACGAUAGAGGACGAACCAGAGCGCAUUGAUCUGCUGAGUGGACUAAAGAUGGGGGCGCAAGGAGACUGGGUGGCCAUCUUGGAUACCCAGACCGGUGCAGCCAAGAGCCCAGGGGAAAACAUAAUUGAUCAGGGCAGGACCAGAGGCGAUAUAGUGGAGUCUGCAGCCCAUGAAGACCUGUUGAUAUCCAGUGUUACUGGUGGGAGAGAGUGGACCUCUGAGGUGGCUGGCCAUAAACCCUGGCCCCGGAUCAGGACCCUGGAUCAGGAGCCUUCGCUCUUCCUUCCCGAGUCGGAACCAGGACACAACCGCGAAGUACAGAGACUCCACCACAUAGAAAACAACCAGUGGUCAGGUGGACUGAACAACCUCAGUCCUGGUGGUCAUCAGAUAGACAGAGGCUCCAGUCAGGGAUCCAGUCUGCAGCACAGACCCUUCUCUUCACAG